CGAUGAUCUGGAACAAUUCAUGGAAAAUCAAGGUGCAUCAAGCCCAGGGAUCCUCAUUUUAACCACAAGCCUCAGCAAACCAUUCAUGCGCCUAGAAAAAUAUGUCACUCUCCUGCAGGAGUUGGAACGGCAUAUGGAGGAUACUCAUCCAGACCACCAGGAUAUUCUGAAAGCAAUCAUAGCAUUUAAAGUGCUCAUGGGGCAGUGCCAAGAUCUGAGAAAGAGAAAACAGCUGGAGUUGCAAAUACUUUCUGAACCUAUUCAGGCAUGGGAAGGGGAAGAUAUUAAAACCUUGGGAAAUGUGAUCUUUAUGUCACAAGUAAUGGUGCAGCAUGGAAACUGUGAGGAAAAAGAGGAGCGGUACCUUUUGCUAUUUUCAAAUGUCAUGAUAAUGUUAUCUGCAAGUCCCCGGAUGAGUGGCUUUAUCUAUCAGGGAAAAAUAACAAUAGCAGGAUUGGUGGUGACUAGAUUAGAUGAAAUUGAAGGGAAUGACUGCACAUUUGAAAUCACAGGCAAUGUAGUAGAGAGAAUUGUGAUCCAUUGCAACAGCAACCACGACUUCCAGGAAUGGUUGGAGCAGCUAGGCAGACUGACCAGAGGACCUGCCUCUAGCGGUUCAUUAUCCAAAACGUCAUCAUCAUCAUGCAGUGCUCAUUCUUCUUUUAGCUCUACCGGACAGCCCCGAGGACCCUUGGAGCCUCCUCAAAUUAUAAAACCAUGGAGUUUAAGUUGUCUACGACCUGCACCUCCACUUAGACCAUCAGCAGCACUAGGUUAUAAAGAGAGGAUGUCUUAUAUCUUAAAGGAGUCUAGUAAAAGCCCCAAAACGAUGAAAAAGUUUCUUCAUAAAAGAAAGACGGAGAGAAAACCAUCUGAGGAAGAGUAUGUGAUUAGGAAAAGUACAGCUGCUCUGGAAGAAGAUGCUCAGAUUCUGAAGGUGAUCGAAGCCUACUGCACCAGUGCCAACUUUCAACAAGGUGCCCGCAAAGACUCUGUGCCACAGGUCCUGCUUCCCGAGGAGGAGAAACUCAUCAUCGAGGAAACCAGAAGCAAUGGCCAGACCAUCAUGGAGGAAAAGAGCCUUGUCGAUACUGUUUAUGCCUUAAAGGAUGAGGUCAAAGAACUGAAGCAGGAGAAUAAAAGAAUGAAACAAUGCCUGGAAGAAGAGCUGAAGUCAAGAAGGGACCUAGAAAAGCUGGUUCGGAGGCUGUUGAAGCAGACAGAUGAGUGCAUUCGAGCUGAAUCCAGUAACAAGACCUCCAUUCUUCCAUAACCAUCACUGUGCAGCUGGGCAGAGUGUGCCUUUAGCUCAUCUUGAAAUGUCCAGCUGAAUGAUUGACUCAGCUCACUCACUCACUUCUUUGACUUUUGUUUUUUGUAUCCUCUCUCUCUCUCUCUCUCUCUCUCUCUCUCUCUCU